CAAUGUUACAACUAAAAUAAACGGCGGUAUUUAGAAGGUAGUGGAGCUAUGACACUUGUUUGUGUAGGUUAUAACGAUUUUCACAUGUGUCAUCCCGAAAAUAGUCGUCUCUGGAAGAAAUCAUCAGUUGCUGUUGCAUCAUGUCAGCUGCUAAAGACAUUUACAAUUUUAGUGCAAUACAAAAGAGAGGGAACACGGAGAGUAUCACACCUCAUAAAGUAGCCGUCGUGCUUCUGGUACGGGAGUUUUGUCUGCUGAAAGUAAAAGCCCGACCAGAGAGACUGAUGGAUGAAGGCAACUUUUACUCAGUGAAACCAUCCCACCGCAGAGACUUCUGCAUGUUAAUACUGAAACUGAUCCAGGGUCCUGAUUUGGAGCUGAUGGUUUUCAAAAAGCUACUCACAGAGGGGAGAUACUCACUACUUCCUUCACUUUAUCGGAGCUUUGAAAAUGAUUUACUGGAAAUUUACAAGAAGGGAGUUGGCAGCAUAUUAGAUUUAAUAAGUAGUGUAGGUCGGUUGAUGCUACAACCUUCUGUUAUGAUGCCAGUUGUGAACAAGAGCAGUGUAAUUGGGCUUUACUUGAGACGCAUCAUAUUGCACUUUGAGAAACUUUCAUUCUCCCAGGUUGUAUCAGUCUACCAGGUGUUCAAGGAGUAUUGUCAAGGAGCAUUUUCUGGCCGACUGACUGUAGAAAGUAUAGACAGCUCUGUCUCUUGUCAGACAACUUUUGAUACUCCUGUGACCCCUCUCGGUACUAAAGGACCUAGAGCAAAUUUUGAGGACAUAAGCCUCAAGGAUAUUGGGUCCAUGAACAGUGUUUACUGGUCACGCAGACAAGCUGAGCUCUUCAUUGCACAGCAGGCAUCGCUUAUGCAGAAUAAUGAGACAGCAGCACUUUCCCCAUCUCGCCUGCAGGAACAGAUUAGAAAGCUACUGCAGACUAAUCCGGACUAUGCAGAAGCGCAUUAUUUGAGUUACCUGAACUGUGCCCGAGUGAAUGAAUUUUGUGGAGCUGUUGAUAGUUUGUUUCAUUGCUUUGACAGAAAUACCAAUACAAAUGAUAGCAAAACAAAUAAUCAAGAUGAGAAAAACAGAGGAUUCAGAUUUGCUGCUCUGAAUUUAACCAUACUCUACGCACACUUUGGCUAUAGGAAAGAGGCACUGUCAGCACUAAAGGAAGCAAUUAUGUUAGCUCAGGAGGCUAAUGAUAAUAUUUGUCUACAACAUGCUCUUGCUUGGCUCUACAAUUUGAGUGAUGAAAAUAAGGAUAUUUUAAUAGCACGAUCUAUAGCAAAAAGUAGUGACUUGUCUCUGAGUUACCUAACAUCACUUGGCAUCCAGUCAUUUGCCCAAUAUGCAGCAGUCACUGCUGGGAAACCCUCUUUGGUUUUUGAACUACUCAUGAAAAGUGAUGUCCUGAACUAUCAACAUUCAAUCAUUGAUUUAAUAGCAAACAGCUAUGCACAGAAAGCUGGACUUUGGUGUCUUUAUGGUAAAACUGAAAUGACACUAAUUUCAAGCCAGCUUCUUUUACAUCUGAAUAUGUCUCAUCCAGCCCAAGGCGUUCAGUCUUACAGUGGUGAAGGCACAUGUUUGGCAGUCUGCAAUGUCAUAAAUUUUCUCACAGAACAGGGAGAGUAUAAUGUUGCAACAUUACUACUCGAUUUUGCCCGUGAAAAUUUUCCGCAUGAGCCAAUAUCUCAUGCAUGGAUAUUUUCAGAACAAAUUUUAACUUUCACACGAGCAAUGCACACAGGGAAAUGGCAGGAAGCUGAACAGGCUGUUUCUCAAUUAGAAGCAGUAAAUAAAUGGGAAAGCAGACUAAGGAGGGCAGAACUCCUAGUUGCAAGAGGAGAUCUGCCAACAGCUAGCAGAUGGUUGUCACAUGUUUUAGAACAACCACUACUAACAUCAGACUUUGAUGAGCCUCGUAGCUGCCCUGCACUCAAAGUUCGUGCAUUGAUUCUGGCUGCUGAGCUGCAGCCACCAGCAACAGCACUUUCUCUAUUGUCUCAAGCAGCUACAUCUGCACAAGUGCAUUACCUGUCAUAUCACUCUGCAAUCAUUGCUUUGCAUCUCGCUAAUCUUCAGUUGCAGAUGGCUUUGCCUUCUUUGGCACUUAAAUUAAUUGAUGAAGCGCUACCAGUUGUUGUUGCUCACGGAGGUUGUUAUGACCAAGCCAGGGGUCUUCUGCUACAUGCCAAAUGUAAAAUAGCUUCAGCAGCCUCAAAGCCUCCUAGUGCACGGGAAGCUAUCCUUAACAAUGCAUUACAACAGCUACAUAAAGCACAAAAUGGAUUUUUCAAAAUAGAAGCAUACUCACGGAUGAAGGAUGUUGUAUACCUGAAAGCCUUGCUGUAUAAUGAACUAGGUUAUGUGUCUGAAAGAAAAAAGUGUGCUCUCCAGUUCAGACAACUGGAUGAACAGUAUCCAACAAAAGUUGCUACAACAUUGCUAACAAGACUGUAGUUGUUGUUGUAAAAUGUGGAGUGAUAUACAGUGCCUACUUGAGAAAUAUAAUGAAAAAAAGCACACUAGUAGAAUCAGUUGUGGAAAGUGUAACAUAUUUUCUUCCCAUCUUUGCACUACUCAUCUUCCUUUUAUGCAUUAUGUUGUUACAUAGAAAGGUUUUUAACGUAAAUAUGUCUCUUUACAAGUGUGUAAAUGAGACACAUCAUUGAAUGUAUUGUUAUAUUGGUGCCUUAACUUUCCUAAACAAAUAUGAAUGUCAUUAUAUCAAAACUAUGUAAGUAAGUAUUAGAAUUUAUGGUUUGUGGAGUAGAGAUCAUAAUGAUGAAACAGGAAUGGCUUGUAAAAUUUGUUUCUUACAUAAGUUCAUUAAGUUCUGGAAAUCUCUUAAAUUCAUUCAUUCAGUUCUCUCUCUCUCUCUCUCUCUCUCUCUCUCUCUCUCUCUAAGUUGAAGUGCAUAGAGAUCAAUUGUUCAUCAGUAAAACUAUGCAUACUACUGUGUAUCAUUGAUAAUGUACACCUAACACUGAAAGAAAAACAAACCUGGGAUAGAACUGAGCAGUAUAGAAUAAAAUUUUGAGAGCGAAGAGUAAAGUGAGUAUUAAAGUUGUCAACAGCAAGUACCGUGAGUGAGUAGAAUAAGUUUGUUUCCAAACAACACAAAGUGCACAUCAUUGGCAUUUGCACUGUUGCACAGGUAUUUUCAGUGCAGUAUAGAUACAACAAUAUAAAUGAAGGUAAGAAAGCUCACAUAAUGCCAAAGCUCUGUUGUGAGUCACCAGAGACCACAGGCCCCUUGUAGUAAAAUACUCAGAAAAUGCCACUGAACCAACUCCAAAAUGUUGGUAGUGGAGUUUAAAAUGACAGUGUUCGUGUUCACCCUGCAUACAGCCAUUGUGCAUCUGAAGUAAAAACCUAAUUUAUGUGAGAGCGCUUCAGCAGUGUGUGCUUUCACUGUUGGAGAUACAGCACAAUGUGGUUUGUAUAGACUGUUCAGUCUAUCAAGAUGCCUUGCAGAACCAUUUCAAACCUAGCCCAUGCACUCAUUGCCACUUAAUGGCAAAAAAGGCUUGUCAGUAUAGGAAGUUGGUCACUGAAUCUGCAUACUUUACGGCAAUGAAAUUUGAACAUUAAGCCACAAUUGACAGAGACAAAAUACCAAAGAUCUGCUUAGUACUGAUCAACUGCAGACAACAGUAUCAGCUUGAUAAUCACAACCCGUAAACUGUGGCUUGUAAGUACCCCAAGCAGAAUGUAACAUGUUGUGUACUGCUCUUUUCCCAGACAAUUGAGAUGGCUGUUUUGACCCAGACAGUAUGCAACCGAUUCCACACAAUCAAUUUGACCUCCAGCUGUUCAUUAUAAAAAACAGUACAAUCACCCCCCCCCCCUUCCCCCCAAACCUGUGGUGCGUGAAAGAGGAGCACAAGUGAACACUUGUAAGGAUCCAUUUCUACCCAACCAGCAAGUGCAAGAUUGUUGUAGAAGUGUGGCAAUGUAGUGGUGAACUUCUCAAGAAUGUAUUUCCAUGGAUCAGGAGGUCAGUUACUCUUGUUUUGGGCUUGUGAGGAUCCUAUAUCAUCACAUGUCAAGAUAUUUGCUAUUAUCAGUAACAUUUGAGGGUAAAUUUAUCAGUCUGGUUGGUUGCAGUCACUACGAUACAGCUACCUCUCGUUUCACCGAUGUAGAAUUUCAAAGUAAUCACUACCCGCUGAAAAUGUUUUGAAUAAAGUCUGAUUGUUGUGGCUGGGUGUUUGCUCUUAGUGCGGUGGUAGGCAGCUGGCUGUCUGCGGUUGAAUUGUGAAGUUGUAUUGAGCAUCUGAACUGAAUGGUCAGCCUGAGACUAUGCUCAAGUCAGUAUUGAUCUUACUAAUUUAUUUAUAUUAUGAUUAUUUGGUCUGGUUUUGUUCAGGUUUGGGUUUCAGUGUGAAAAGAUCAGUGUUGUAUGGUGACAUACAGAAUGUUUCUAAAUUGUGCAUAUUUCAAAGUGUUUGCUUUGAGGUGUACUUUCAAAAAUAAAUCAUAUUG